AGGAAGCUUGAAGAAAAAAUAAUGAAGCAGAAGUCAGAUAGCAGACUUCCACUUUCUGAGGGUUGUGACCCUCCUCCUCCUCCUUCACCACCAUCUCGGCACGAGAAGUGGAAGUUAGCCCGUAUAAGACCAUCGGGCUCCUACACUUCCGAGUCUGCCAGAGAAAUAUCUGAAAGAAUUGACUCCUUGGUUGAGCAGAGCUCCCAAGGUCAAUUCACACAAGAAGGUCGUCAAGAUAUUCUUGCCACAGCUAUUGGACGACCUGAGCACCCAGGACGAGUGCGUGGUGCUGGGACUGGCAUAGGCAUACGACAGUUUUUUGGGUCUUCCUCGCGUCCAUAUUCAUACGAAAAGAUGAAGGAGGAAAUAAGAAAAGAGAUGACGCAGGAGAUCACAAAGAAGGUUCGAGUUCGUCAUGCGUACCCACACAUCCCGUCUCCUCUCAGACAGUUAUUCAGAGCAUCAAAGUCGUUCUUUUUCCUCUUUCAGGAGCGUCAGGCAUUGGAGGAGGUACUGGUUGAUGAGGAAAGCGAGGAGGUUGACCUAAGCGGCGGGAAUGAGCAAGGACUCGACGAAGGAGUGGGCGAGGAGGAGAACGGUCGAACGAGUCUUGUGGGGGUGCAUGAGGCAAACGGAGAGGGAGCCAAAGGGGAGGUCGCGAAGGUAGAGGAAGGAUUCUAG